AUGAAGAUCUCCAUUCUAAUCUCGAUCGCCGCCGUCGUUGUAGCUGUUGCCGAUGGCGCCACUCCUGGUGAGGACAAAAUCCCAGCCCUUUCCCCUGUCUUUAACGGAAUUGAGCCCCACUUCAGCUCGGUCUUGAGCCGUCGCGAUGAUCCGUUCGAUCUCGAGGCUGAUAAUCUCUUAGAGAAACGAAAAGCUUUAGUCUGUCCUGGCGGAACUGGCCUUUGUUCCAACGAUCGAUCCCGGUGCUGUCCUCUCGGGGGUAGAUGCUGCCCCAAACGUGGUUGUUGCGGUGCUGGUAAAUUUUGCGUCGGACCAGGAUGUUGCCCCAACAGUCAAAUGGGAUGCGACGGGAAGGGCUGUUGCCCCAAGAACUCCAACUGCUGCAGUCUCGGAUAG